ACAUCUCCCAGGCCGCCACGCUUUCCAGCUGGAGUCCUAGGGCGCCGACUGCUCCCCAGUUUCCGUAGGCAAGCGCCAGGCUACCGCAGCUAUUGUGCGCAGCGAUAUCGCCCUCCUCUUCCCUCUCGGGUGUCUCGGGAGGAAGGCUACGUCUCAAUUGCCGCCGGGGCUUAACCCCUCCGACGCCUAACAGGACAGCAGGCCGGCUCCCUUGGACCAGGAAGAACUCUUGGGAGCGAGAACACUCUGGUCACGCAAUCCCAGGGUGCGAGGAAGACAGCCGAAGAAGGAGCCCGAGGGCUGGGGCUCGGCACAAAGCCCUCGCCAUCAGAACCAUGGGGCAUCCCCCGCUGGAGUUCAGCGACUGCUACCUGGACAGCCCCGAUUUCCGCGAGAGGCUCAAGUGUUACGAGCAGGAGCUGGAGAGAACCAAUAAAUUCAUUAAGGACGUCAUCAAGGAUGGCAACGCGCUUAUCAGCGCAAUGAGAAAUUAUUCUUCAGCUGUUCAGAAAUUUUCUCAGACACUUCAGUCCUUUCAGUUUGAUUUUAUUGGAGACACUCUGACUGAUGACGAGAUUAACAUUGCUGAAUCCUUCAAGGAAUUUGCUGAAUUGCUCAACGAAGUAGAAAAUGAGAGGAUGAUGAUGGUACACAAUGCUAGUGAUUUGCUGAUUAAACCCCUGGAAAAUUUUCGGAAGGAGCAAAUAGGCUUUACCAAGGAAACCUAUGAAGUAGGAUGUAUAAUAUCCAUUUUCUCAAUGAAGAAACUGAGACUCAGAAAGGAGCGGAAAAAAAAAUUUGAAAAGGAUGGUGAGAGAUUUUAUUCCUUGCUGGAUCGGCACUUACAUCUAUCUUCCAAAAAGAAAGAAUCUCAGUUACAAGAGGCAGACCUCCAGGUGGACAAGGAGAGGCACAAUUUCUUUGAGUCCUCCCUUGAUUAUGUUUAUCAAAUCCAGGAAGUUCAGGAGUCCAAGAAGUUCAACAUUGUGGAGCCAGUGUUGGCCUUUCUUCAUAGUCUCUUCAUUUCCAACAGCUUGACUGUGGAGCUCACACAGGAUUUUCUCCCAUACAAACAGCAGCUCCAGCUCAGUUUGCAGAAUACAAGAAAUCAUUUCUCCAGUACCCGGGAAGAGAUGGAAGAACUUAAGAAAAGGAUGAAGGAAGCUCCCCAGACAUGCAAACUUCCAGGACAGCCUACCAUCGAAGGCUAUCUCUAUACACAAGAGAAAUGGGCUUUGGGAAUAUCCUGGGUGAAAUAUUACUGCCAGUAUGAGAAGGAGACCAAAACGCUCACCAUGACACCUAUGGAGCAGAAGCCAGGUGCUAAACAGGGGCCUUUGGACUUAACCCUGAAGUACUGCGUGAGGAGGAAGACAGAGUCUAUCGACAAAAGGUUCUGUUUUGAUAUAGAAACUAAUGAAAGGCCAGGAACCAUCACUUUGCAGGCCCUUUCAGAAGCUAACAGAAGGCUAUGGAUGGAGGCUAUGGAUGGAAAAGAACCCAUCUACCACAGCCCCAUAACAAAACAGGAAGAAAUGGAGCUGAAUGAAGUGGGGUUCAAGUUUGUUAGGAAGUGCAUCAAUGUCAUUGAGACCAAAGGGAUCAAGACAGAGGGAUUAUACCGUACUGUGGGCAGCAACAUUCAGGUUCAGAAGCUGCUGAAUGCCUUUUUUGAUCCUAAAUGCCCAGGAGAUGUUGAUUUUCAUAAUAGUGAUUGGGACAUUAAGACAAUCACCAGCUCCUUGAAAUUCUACCUCAGGAAUCUUUCUGAACCUGUCAUGACCUAUAGACUUCACAAAGAGCUGGUCUCGGCUGCCAAGUCUGACAACCUGGAUUACCGGCUGGGAGCUAUUCACUCCCUGGUAUAUAAGCUACCCGAAAAGAACCGAGAGAUGCUGGAACUUCUUAUAAGACACUUGGUCAAUGUAUGUGAGCACAGCAAAGAGAAUCUUAUGACCCCCUCCAACAUGGGCGUGAUCUUUGGGCCCACUCUGAUGAGAGCUCAGGAGGACACUGUCGCUGCCAUGAUGAACAUCAAAUUCCAGAACAUUGUGGUGGAAAUCCUAAUUGAGCACUUCGUCAAGAUCUAUUCAGGUCCACCUGAGGAAAGUGCUACACCCCCAGUGCCUCCACCUCGAGUGACAGCAAGAAGGCACAAACCAAUCACAAUUUCAAAACGCUUGCUGCGGGAAAGAACAGUUUUUUAUACUUCUUCCCUGGAUGAAAGUGAAGAUGAAAUCCAACAUCAAACACCCAAUGGUAUUAUCGCCAGCAGUAUGGAACCCCCCAAGCUGCCACAAUACCCCAAACUGCCUAUUCAGAGGAGUGGAGAAGCUGACACUGGGAGGAAGUCUCCAAGUAGCAGGCCUGUUUCAGAUGGCAAGUUGGAGUCCUGUCCUGAAGUGGAUGUGGGGAAGCUGGUGUCUAGGCUGCAGGAUGGAGGGACCAAGGCCAUACCAAAGGCCACCAAUGGACCUGUGCCAGGCUCUGGGCCCACCAAAGCCCCCUCUUUCCACAUAAAGAGACCAGCUCCUCGACCCCUGGCUCACCACAAGGAGGGAGACUCUGACAGUUUCAGCAAAGUGCGGCCUCCGGGAGAAAAGCCUACCAUCGUCCGUCCCCCAGUGAGGCCUCCAGACCCUCCGUGCCGGGCAGCUACUCCCCAAAAGCCAGAACCAAAGCCAGAUAUUGUGGUUAGCAAUGCAGGGGAAAUCCCAUCAUCUGUGGUGGCUUCCAGGACCAGGUUCUUUGAAACAGCUUCCCGAAAAACAGGAAGUUCUCAAGGCAGAGUUCCUGGAGAUGAGAGUUGAGGCCUCCGGUUUUAAAAUCCUUGGCCUCAGGGGACCCUUCACUGUUCUGGAAGGGUCUUCUUCAAACUCUUCUGUGCUGAGUCAUUUUGUGCUGAAGAGAGCAGCUCCUUCCUGGCCCUGGACCUUCAGGCUCUAGGAUGCUAUAAAAUAAGGGGCACAUGUCUUAGACACAGGUUUAUUUCUCUUAUGUUUUCUGUCUUUGUUCCCUCAGAAGGUCUAUGUUGAGCUCCUAUAUGAUUGUGAAUGGCUGAACUCCCUCAAGCCAGACUGCAGAAACCAAGCUAUCUACUGACCUGAGUUGAAGAAAGGAGCUUAGUUUUCAACUCUUCUCUGAAUUUCCUGUCUCCUCAAAAGACCAUCAAACUCUGAAAUACUUGGGACUAAAGACUGAUCUCAGAGGUCUUACCCUGAAGUAAAAGCUACUUGAGUUGGGGCCACUGCUUGCCUUGGAAGUAGAAGAGUAGGAAUGUUUGCCAAACAUUGGUGAAUCUUGAUAUGUCUCUUACUGAGGAUAAUGACCCUGGCACCAGGUUGGAGCUCUGGCACUGCAGUAUAUUGCCAAGAACCUGUCUGUUCCUAUUGGGCCAAACAGCAUAUGGGUGAUAUCAACCACAACUUCAUGUGAACUCAGGACGGUGGCCUUUCUGUUUUUGCAUAAAACCACUUAGGACAAAUCUGCAAAGAAUAUUUUGCAUGUUGAAGCCUUAGGUCUGUUUGAAUUAUUUUUCCUCCUAUUUUUUUCCUGACAGCUUAAUUUCUAAACAAUCAAGAAAGAAACAAAAACUGAAAACAAUUCUUUAAAAAAGCAGACUGUAUCUGUCCUGCAGAAGUUCCACUUCUGGGUCAAAUACUGGGAAAAAUUGUUAAAAUGGAUUGAGGUGAGGCAGCUGGCACUGUUGCUUCAUGUUUGCCUUCUGCAGAUAAGCUUUUAUCUCCAGCAAGAAGCAACUCCUAACCCAGUGUCCAUGGAUUCAGAAACUCCAUGAAGCUUCUGAAAUGGUAUGCAGAAUUCCAUGACAAUGUACCUUUUCUGGGGAGAUGGUCCAUAACAUUCUACUGAAUUUCAGAUGGGCCUGUGACCCAAUAAGGGUUAAGAACCAUAACACUUGAGAUAAAAGACUCUUUACAACCCAUAAAGUAUUUGAUUGGAAGGCCUUCCAAAAUUAUUUAGUCUAAUUGCCUAGUUUACUAUUGGAGAAACUGAGGCAGAGCAAGUUAUCAGCCAUGCCUAAACAAGUACCCAGGUCCCUGGGCUCCUGUACAAGUUUCUUUCCAUUAUACGACACUUGUCUAACAAGGGGCCUUAUGAUUGGUGGCGUUAGUGGUCAUCAUUUUGAGUGUUGGGCUUUUACCCUCUUUCUUGAGCCUCCCAUAUUUGUUAGCAAGUGGAAAACUUUCAGACACAAGCUCCUGGUGUUACAUUUGCCAUUUCAGUCAUUAGAAAGGAACUAAAACACAACCUGUGUAGUGACUCAGAAAUCUGAAUAGACAUUUCUGAUGCUUGUUUAUUGAUGGGAAGCUGCUGGAGAAAGUGUCACUGUUUGUGUUCCCAUGCUCUCAGGCCAUAACCUGUCUUUAGGGUCUGUGUAAUUAUAAUAUGGCCAAGUGUGAGAAAAAGGGCUUUCCUACUUGAACCCUUCUAGCAAUACCUUCACUAUGGAACUGAGAGAGAAGCAUAGACAUGGGUGAAGGGAGGAGAAGAAGAGAAGAAAGGAGAGGGAGAUGGAGGAAGGGGAAGAGAGAGAGAGAAUACACACAUGCCCAAACCAACUCUGAGAUGCCUUUGAAACAAUGUUACUGAAAGAUGAUAACCACUUUCAAAACUGAACUCAACAUGAUCCAUUCGUGAAUUAGUAACAUGUAGGCCUUUGUGGAAGUAAUCGAGCAGAAACUUGAUGCUAUUCCCAAUAAAGACAUGCCCAGGUGGCCACGUAAAACUCUCUCAGCUCUACCUAGUCUCAAAGGCCAAGUUAACAAGAACCAGGAACAAGUGAGCCAAGUGAUCACCAUUCUACCUGAGGCUCACCCCCAAAGGAAGUUGCUGUGAGACUCCUGGCCUCACCCAGGAAGUACUUGUUGAGCCCCAUUCUCAGAGCUGUGGCCUCUCUGCUUGCUUUGCCCCAUUAGAUAACUAACUAAAGCAAGUAGGUAUGUAGAUUUUGGCCACAGAAGCAGUGGCCAGUGGGGCUUCAGUACAUUUGAAGAUGGUAGGGCCAUCAUUUCACUUUUGUUUUCUUGGGGUGGGGGAAUACCAAAAUCACCACUACAAAUACUGAAAGAUUAUUGAGAACCAGAGAAAGCCACUGCAGUCCCAGUUGAAUAGAUGUCCCAGAAAUGUGACCAUGAGAUUACUGUGUGUUUUCUGGGACAUAGAUCAAGAGCCUGGCCUAGAAAGUUGGGACUACCAGGCUGGCUGGAGACCGGGAAGCAGUAGCUGGAUAGCUCUGCCCCUGCCCUAGGCUAUACCUGAAGAAGGCCCAAAAAUGAACCUCAGUGCCUCCCCCUUUUACGUUCUAAUUUAAAGAGCAAAAGCUUCUGUGGUGAGGCUCACUGUCAUGGAAUGAAACUGGCUUGGCCCAGGCUUGAUGGAUGAAUAGUCAUUCAGAAGAGGCUAUGGGAAUGGGGUGAUAAUUGAAGAGUGGCAACUAUAGGAAAUUAUCUGCAUACCUUGGCCAGCAGGUUAGAGAAACUGGCAAUGGAUGAACCAUAAACCUUGAACUGACAGUGAUAACAUUUAUUAAGCACCUACUAAGUUCUAAGUGCUUCAUAUACAUAAUCUCCUUUGUCCUUAAAACAAUGAUGCAAGUAGAUGCUAGUCCCUCAUUUUACAGAAAAAAGAAUUGUGGCCCAGAAGGCUAAAGUAACUGGCUCAAGGUCUCACAGAAAGUAAAUAACAGGACUGUGACUCGAAUCCAGGCCUCUCCGACUCUGUACCCCAUGCUGUUUUUCUCUUUACCACACAGAGGCUACAUUACUGGAACUGGAUGACUGACUUUCUCUGCCUAAUAAAAUAUUAAAAAGCAAGCAUUUGAAGGGAAGUAGGGCAGGUCUAGUUUACAGGGGAACAAAAACUGGACUGGAAGAGAUUUCUGAGUUGGGCUUUCUCCUAACCUUCCAUAUACCCAUUUGGUAAUGUUUUAAAAAGAUCAUUCAAUUUUACCUUGUGAAAUGAAUUUACUUUUUAGUUCGUAGUUACUAAGUCUUUGGCUUAGCUGUUUUUCAAAGAAAAAAGGGUCCUUGUAUAUGUCUAUGUACUUUACCAUGGUUGUAGCAUGUUUAUUUUCAGUCCAAGAGACUGAAGACAUCCACACAUACAGUUCGAGAAGGACAAAACAUAUUGGUGCCUCUCUGGUACUUAAUGCCUUGGGGUCAAAUCCUUACAAGGUUUUCUGUGGUGAUAACAAAAGUUAAGAGAGAAUUUAGAAUAAGAAAUAUCAUUGAAGUUUUUGCUUUAAAAAAGGUGGGGAGGUUGUCCAGCCACAGGGUGGGGGUGUGAAACUCAGCACCCGACUUCAGUAAUAAAACAGCAUCAUAUAGAAAUACUCUAGUAUUUCUAAAAUAAUUGUUUUAGGAUACUUCCCUUAUUUAGAAGUUCCUUGAUUAUGUAAUAACUAGAAUAAAGUAGUAGAGGAAGAUGUGUCUCUGUGACCAGAAAAAAAUCGCUUUCAAAAGAAUGUAGAUCAAUGAUACUAGUUUUAACAUAGCUGCAAGCAAAUAGCCUUGACACACUACAAGCCCAAAAAGCUUUAGGAGCACUUAAAAAUUGCAGAGAGAAGCAACAUACCUUGAAGAGAUGUUUUUGAUGACGAAAAGUCUUCAUUUUCACAGGGAAAAGAAGCACUUGAUACCAAGGGCAUUAAUAGAUGCUAGAAAGACUGCCUAUGGGAAAUAUAUAUGUGACAUCAGACAAAAGAAAGAGAUCCUGGGGCCCAUUCAUGUGACUUUCAAUAAAAUAUGCAGACUGUCCAGUAUUGAUGGUGUCCAUCUGCAGUUUUUUUUUUAAUUUUAUGUAAAUUCAAGUUAACAUGUAGUGUAUUAGAAGUUUCAGAGGUAGAAUUUAGUGAUUUAUCAGUUGCAUAUAUCUAGUGGCAGUUUUUUCAUGGAAACAGUCUUUGAGCAUAUUAGACAUGAUGAUGCAGCCACCAUGCACUGCUCAUGUCAUCUUUUGCAAUUCUAAGGAAACCCAGGCUUUGGUUUUUAUAACCAGGAUUCCUUUUAUAACCUUUUAUAACCAGGAUUUUCAAUCUACAGUCUACUUUGCACCAAACCCUUGUCAUUCCCUCAGGCCUCACAACAUCACUGCAUGAUGGGUAAUAGCCCCAUUUUACAGAUAAGGAAAGUUGAGGUUCAGGGAGAUGAGAAAUGACUGCUCAAGAUCACACAGCUAAGGAUUGAUAAAAAUUCAGGACUGGAAGCUACAGAGGCCUUACUGUUUCUAAUACAUCACACUACCCCCCUUAGUAGUAAAGGAAUCCUGGUGGUAAAUAGAGAAGAUGUUUAGAAAUGAGACUGAUGGAAACAACAUCUAUAAGUCUUGCUACUCCAAAUGUGGUCCAUCAUCCCCCUCAGCAUCAUCAUUACCUGGGAGCUUGUUAGAAGCAGAUUCUUGAGCAGCACGACAGACAUUUGUAAUCAAAACCUUUAUUUUAAUAAGAGCUCUAUAUUUCUAUGCUCAUUAAAGUUUGAGAAGCACUGAUAUAAGGCAUUUGAAACAGAAAAGCAGGUUGAGGAAGGAGAACUUUGGGUGAGCCAAAGACCAAAAAUGGUGGAUAAGGCUAAUCUGGUUAUGUUGGGAGUGUUUAGAAAGAUUGUGUCCAUAGCUGACGACUACUUAGAGUGCUUUGUAUAUGGCCUCAUACUUAGAUGACAUGUAAAUGAAGUUUCUCCACUUCAAAGAAUAGUGAAACCAGCCUAGGGAAAAAGACUGAAAAAUCACUUGAUUUUCCAGUCUCUGACCACUAAAGGCAGUGGAAAGGCAACAUGCAGCAGUGGAAGGAACUCCUUUCAGAAGCCCUGGGGGUUCCAGAUUUGCCUCUGUCACUGAUUCUCUUUAAUGCUCAGCAAGUACCUCCCUCUCUGUAGGUCUCAAAUUGUCCUUAUUAUUUUUUUUAAUUCAAUUAGCCAACAUAUAGUACCUCAUUAGUUUUUGAUGUAGAGUUCAAUGAAUCAUUAGUUGCAUAUAACACCCAGUGCUCAUCACAUCACGUGCCCUCCUUAAUGCCCAUCACCCAGUUACCCCAUCCCCCCACCCACCUCCCUUUCCACAACCCUCAGUUUGUUUCCCAGAGUCAAGAGUCUCUCAUAGUUUGUCUCCCUCUCUGAUUUCUUCCCAUUCAGUUUUCCCUCCCUUCCCCUAUGAUCCUCUGCACUAUUCCUUAUAUUCCACAUGUGAGUGUCUUUAAACAGGAUAGUCUUAAAGUGCCUUUUAAGUUUUGAUGUUCUGUUAUUCUCAACUGUGGGUUUUGCUACAGAUUACAUUUAAUUAAAACAUGGACAAAUCUAUAGGCUUUUGUCUGGCCCUAGUUUAACAUCCUCAGUUCACAUAAGAAGGGGUAUUCUGGGAGGAAAUCUCACAGUCACAACAAAGCAACAUUAAUGGGAAUUGCAAGGAACUGGGAGGGGCAUGACUCUAGUUAACCAGCUUGAAAUGGGCUAGGAAAAAUUUAAAUUAGAAAACUUUGAAAUUUGAGUGGCGCCUGGGUGGCUCAGUCGUUAAGCAUCUGCCUUCGGCUCAGGUCAUGAUCCCAGGGUCCUGGGAUUAAGCCCCGCAUUGGGCUCCCUGCUCGGCAGGAAGCCUGCUUCUCCCUCUCCCACUCCCCCCACUUGUGUUCUCUCUCUCGCUCUGUCUCUCUCUGUCAAAUAAAUAAAUAAAAUCUUUAAAAAAAAAAACUUUGAAAUUUGAGAAUCAAUUGCUUCAAACCACAUACUUGGGAUUCAAAUCCUAUAUCCUAAAUAGGGCUUACUUUGCAUGAUUUAAUAAAGUAAACUGCUCUGACUUGAGCUUUUAGGGGAUAGUUUAUUGGGGGUAGGAGGGGCAUAUAAAAAGGAGAGAACUUCUACUUAUCCGCCAUCUGCCACUCAUCUCUCCAAGUGAUUCUGAUGCCUAUUAGGUGAAGACAAUUGGCUAUAAUAUAACCUCUUAAAAUGGAAAAACAGAUUCAGAGAGGAGAAGGGACUUGUCUAAGGCCACAUACCAGAGACAAUGGCAGAAAACAGGUGAUCAAAGUUCAACUCUCUUUGGGUGACUAGUUUAUCCAAAUCAUAUCUGCUUCCAACAUCAGAGCACACACUGGGGAGGACUGAUAAACGUUCCAUCUGGGUAUUUUGUCCCCAUCACAUGUUUACAGUCAUUGUUUCAGUCAAGCCUCACACAACCAUAUCAUCUAGGCAGAGCAGAGAUCAUUACCCUCAUUUUACUGAGGCUCAGAGAGGUGACACAACAUGACUAAGGACAUGCAAGUAGAAAAUAAACUUGGACCUAGGUUUUCUGAUUUCAUCUAUACUGUGCUGCUUCCCUAGGAGAGGAGAAGCAGCCCUCCAAACCCUCAGCACUUCUGGGAAAUAUCAACUCUAAGAUUUUUUUUCCUAAGAUUUGAGAGAGAGAGAGAGAAAGAGCAGGAGGAGGGGCAGAGGGAGAGGGAAGCAGAUGCCCUGUUGAGGAGGGAGCCCGAUGUGGGGCUCGAUCCCAGGAUCCUGGGAUCUUGACCCGAGCCGAAGGCAGAUGCUUAACCAACUGAGCCAUCCAGACACCCCACAGCUCUAAGCUUUUAAUUGCUUCAAUCCAAUUGCUUCAAAACAGAUGGACUCUUUUUUUCCCUGUUGGAAAAUAUCCUAACAGUUUUAUAACUUGAAACUGCAGAGCCCUCUUAGAUCCAUCAUUUUGUCCUCACAACAACCCAAAAGGUAGGCAAGAUAAGGCAUUUUGCUCCAUUUGACAGAUAUAUAAAUUGAGGCUCAGAGCAUUGUAUUAUUUCUCUGUUGCUGCUGUAACAAAUGACUACAAAUUGAGCAGCUUAUAACAACAUCCAUUUAUUCUCUCACAGUUUCUGUAGGUCACAAAUUCAGCAUAGUGUGGCUGGAUUCUCUUCUUAGGGUCUCAGUGAACUAAAAUCAAGAUAUCAGCUGGGGUUGUGGUUGUCAUUUGGGGCUCAGAAUCUUCUUCCAAGCUGGUUAUUGGCAGAAUUCAGUUCCUUGUUGUUAUGUGACUGAGGUCAUCAUUUUUUUGACAAGUGCCCCUCUCCAUAUUCAAGCUAACAAUGGCAUGUCAAAUCCUGCUUCCCCUUUUGCAUCUCUCUGACUUCCUCUUUUGCCUCUGCUGUUAAGGGCUUACUCUUUUAUUGGAGUGAUUUCAUUGGGCCCACACAGAUAAUCCAGGAUAGUCUCCCUAUUUUAAAGUCAGUAGUAACCUUAAUCACAUUUCAGCAUCUCUUUUGCCAUAUAAUUACAGUUCUAAUGAUUAGGACAUAAAAUAUUCUUGAGGGUCGGGGCACCUGGGUGGCUCAGUCGUUAGGCGUCUGCCUUCGGCUCAGGUCAUGAUCCCGGGAUCCUGGGAUCGAGCCCCGCAUCGGGCUCCCUGCUCAGCGGGAAGCCUGCUUCUCCCUCUCCCACUCCCCCUGCUUGUGUUCCCUCUCUCUCUGUCUCUCUGUCAAAUAAAUAAAUAAAAUCUUUAAAAAAUAUAUUCUUGAGGGUCAUAAUGUUGCUUAACAUUGAAGCAGCUACCUACAGAAACCCUGCCUUUCACUGUAAAGACACAUGGUUGUCAAGAUCUUUAUCCUGGGGAAGAAAAUAAUUACCAUGUGCAUCCCACUUACAUGAGCAGUUGGAAACUCUGAUGCUGUUCAACUUCUCCCAUCUCUCAAAUUCACUCAGAGACAGUUGGGCAACACACCAAAGAAAGUGGUAGCUGGAGUGCAAGGGGGGCUCUUUGGAAGCUGAUGGUAUUCCAAGAUGGCACCUUGAUGCUGGUGACCAAUUCCGUAACUAUGUCUCAUUCUAUCUAGGACAGGGAGAAGCAGCUUCCCCAAAGGCCCAAGGUAGGAUAGGUAUUCCCCAUAUAACUUGACCAGGGGUGCUAACACUUGUAUAGCAUAUACUGUAUACCAAAUAUGUCUUUAUGUGCUUUUGAAUGGGUUUAUUGAAUUUGUCCUGAUAUUUCUAUGAGGUGAGUAAUGGUAAUAACUCUGUUUCAUAGAUGAGAAAACUGAGGCACAGAAUAGUUAUGCCAUUUGCCCAAGUUCUCAGAGCCAGGAAAUGGUAAAUUCCUCUAUGGCUAAUCCUCUGUGCCUUCCACCAGAUUGAGAUAAUUUUCCUAGAGGAGACACUGAGGCCAAAUUGAUUUAAAAGUCCCUUGCACCUUUGAUUCUCUAAGCUUGCCCUCAGGGUCCUGCAAUUCUGGAAACCCAAGUGAGCACAACUGAACUUUCUGAAAGAGUAUGUUGAAUUUAGACUUUUAGUGGGUUUUACAGAGCCAGCGGACUACAAAGUGAAGGUGCCCAAUCUUUUCUCAGAGGCUGGAAGAAAAGGAGACUGUCAGUUCAUGUGAAUGGGGUCAAGAUGGGUUGGCCCCAGGAAUGCUCUCUCCAGAGUAGACUUUCCACUUGGUAGCCUCCACAUGAGACAGGAGAUCUCCCUGUUUUAGUGUGCUUUGAAGUUGUACUACUUUCUCUGUGUGUGAAGCCCAUUUCCUGAAGGCCCAAGCCCUCAGAACGCCCAAAAAAGGUACCUAAAAUUAAGCCUGCAAAAGAGGGCUGUAGAACAAAGCUAGGCAGUCGUCUUCUCUAUGCUGGCCUUUUCCCAGCCCUUGGCAAGCUUGUGGGAACUGAGUUUAUACAAGUAUUGUCAGACCUGGAUUUACUCCUCUGGCUUCUGCUUCCUCAGCUACUCCCAUCUAGUCCCAUGAUGCUACCAACCUAUUGUAGUUCCCAGAGCCAUUAAAAUAUGAGGUAGGUAGGGUAUGAACAACCUCAGUCCAAACUGUAGCUCACCUUUUCUCCACCCCUACUAUCAUCCUGCAGGACUCAGAAUUCUGUCUCCCUUAUGGAGCUAAGAUCUACAAGGACUCAGUAAAGACUGAUUUUCUCUGUUGCUCCCUGUGUCUUCUUUGCUAGCCAUUGCAGAUCAGACCCUGGCCUCUAAUUCCUAUGGAAGGAAUUUAAAACACUAUUAUCUAUAUUCAUGUCUCAAUCACCAUUGGCAAGUUAUUUCACCCUAAUAACUGUGGUUGGCCCUUAAUAAAUUCUCAAUUAAUAUUAACCAGUCAUAGUCAUAGAAGUAGUAACCAGAAGUAGUCACAGAAGAAGUGGCGGUGACGGUGGUGGUAGAAGCAGCUGCUUCAGUUGCUAUCCAGGAAUAGAAUCUUCCCUACACCCCUUCAGAGCUGGUAGAUCAUGCUCUGUCAUUCAAGAUCUUCCCAAAUGUUAUCUUCCACUUGAUUCUUAGAUUUUUCAAUGCAGUGUAACCUGUUAUGUCCUUUGUCCUUGUAACUAGCCAUCCUGACCCCUACUACCCUAUCUAUGUUGUUCCCAUAACUGGCUCAGUUCCCCCCAUACUUGGUCUCAUACAGGAGUUUAUGCCAAAAACAGUCCCAACUACUCUGUGCACUUGCCAACAGUCAGGUCUGGAGGAUUCCUAUGCCUUGAGGUCUGACAGGUACUUUUUCUUCCUAUGACAAACUCCUGAUGAUGUGGCUAGGGUACCUCCACCUUUUUGAGCACCCCUUAGGAUAUUUUGGGGAACAGCUGUCUUUCCCACUCUCCCUUACUUUCUUUUACUCUUUUAAUAUAGUUACUCCUAUAUUUUUUAAUCCUAAUGUCAUUAUAAUUGUGCUUAUGGUUCUUCCUCAAAUGCACUCAGUGAAAGGGUGGACAAAUCCUACAGGGGAGAUAGAAAGAAGCCCUAUCCUGCUACUGGCUGAUUUCAUGCUUAAUUGUAAAUUAAUCCUGGGUUAGCUGUCCAGGGUGUAUUUAUGUCCAGCAAAAUAUCACAUUAUUUUCCCUGUAAUGAAUAAGACAUCACAAAAUGUGUUAGGAAAUGGUCUUUAAAUAAAUUUGAAGAGCUCUGGGAAAGAAGCACAGUCAGCCAAGUAGCCAGGCCAAUCCCGCUGUGACAAAGGGAGAAAGGGGCUCAGCCCUGACCACAAAUAUAUAGGUUAUGAGAAUCAGAUCUGGAGCCUUUGUACAAUUUGUGCUUCUAGAAUUCAGGUCAUUGGGAGUUGAAACAAGGCCCACAAUGGAGUUGGGGUCCCCUGAGACUAAGGGAAGGAAAUAAACAUUGUGGAGUAUCUAUCAUGAGCCAAGCAUGAGGUGGGAGGGGCCUGAAUCCUUGGGUCUUUCCAGGAGAUCUAGCAUAAGAGUUAGGGUGGUAAUUGGGUGAGAAAAAAAAAAAAAAAACCAGUACUACCACCUGGAAGGCACAUUACAUACACUGUAUGUACAUUGUCUCAUUUGAGCCUCUCCAAUACCUCAUUUUAGUCCCAUUUUACAGAUAAAAAGACUGAGAUCCAGAAAUAUCAUUACUUGCUCAAAGUCACAUAGAGAUUAAAUGGUAGAAGCCAAGAUAGGAAUGGAGACCUGUGGGAGUCCUGAGCCUGUAAAAAGAUGGCAUAUUUUCAUUACUGAAAACUUUUUUAACACUGAGGGCCCCCAAACUCAGUUGAACUGCCAUCUCUAAAAGAAACUUUUCAUUAUGGUGCUGCAAGAGGUGGGGCAAGGGGGAAGUAAUAAGUAUACAGCCAGUGCCUGAAGCAAGUUGGGGAUAGGGAAGUACAGGACUACUUCUAGUUCAUUUUUUAUUUCUUAAAGAUGUUAUUUAUUUGAGAGAGAGAAAGAGAGACAGAGCAUGAGUGGGGGAGAGGGGCAGAGAGAGAGGGAGAUAGAGAAUCCUUGAGCAGAUUCCUCACUGAGCAAGGAGCCUGAGGCAGGGCUGCAUCCUAGGACCCCGGGAUCAUGACCUGAGCCAAAGGCAGACACCAGUGGACUGAGCCACCCAGGUGCCCCAGGACUACCUCUGGUUUAUAUGGAGGCUUUGUGUGAAUUAGAAAACACCCAUUGCUCAAGACACAUUAUAGCCAUCUGCCAGAAAGAUUUAAUAAGCAGACAAAUCUCUGAUUGAAAGGUGAGAUGUGGCCAUCACAACCACAUUCUGUGGCCCUGGAAAGGUGCCCAGAAGUGCAAAGGAGGUGAAACAAUCAUGAAACAACUGAGGCAUUAAUGAGCAUGCCUCAGAUCUAUCUAAGGACUAGAAGAUUAUUCUACAUAUCAAGGCCUACAUGGUUCUAAGGGAAAAGGAAUUGUGGAAGCUAAGUUAGAGAGAAAGAAGGACUUUGAACUUACAUUAUUAACAUAUUUUUGAAGAUCUUAAAGCUUUACAAAGCUGACUGGUAGUUAAGGGAAAAAAUUAAGCAAUGGAAGAGGUAAAGGCCCUCUGCUAGGUUCUUAUACACUACAUUUCUCAUUUAUUUCUCAUAAUAGCUCUGGGAGAGAUAGUGCACUAAUUUGAGAUAUGUAGAAACUGAAGCUCUACAAGUUUUUUUUUUUCCCAAGUCUUUUUUUUUAACUCCAAUAUAGUUAACAUACAGUGUGAUAUUAGUUUCAGGUGUAUGAUAUAGUGAUUCAACAAUUCCAUACAUCACCCAGUACUCAUUACAACAACAAGUAUACUCCUUACCAUCUGCCCCCAACCUCCCCUCUGGUAAUCAUUAGUUUGUGCUCUAUAGUUAAGUGUUCUUUCUUGGUUUCUCUCUGUCUCUCCCUUACUUUUUGCUUUUGCUCAUUUAUUUUGUUUCUUAAAUUCCACAUAUGAGUGAAAUCAUGGCAUUUGUUUUCUUUGAUGUAUUUCACUUAGCACAAUACUCUCUACUUCCAUCCACGUCAUUGCAAAUGGUAAAAUUUCAUUUCUUUUUCUGGCUGAAUAAUAUUCCAUUGUGUAUAUAUACCAUUUCUUCUUUUUUAUUUAAAAUCAAUUAUUUAACAUAUAGUGUAUUAUUAGUUUCAGAGGUAGAGUUUAGUGACUCAUCAGUUGCGCAAAACACCCAGUGCUCAUUACAUGAAGUGCCCUCCUUAAUGCCCAUAACCCAGUUACCCCAUCCCCCACCCACUUCCCCUCCAGCAACCCUUCCUUUGUUUCCUAUAGUUAAGAGUCUCUUAUGCUUUUUCUCCCUCUCUGAUUUUGUCUUCUUUUAUUUUUCCUUCCCUUUCCGUAUGUUCAUCUAUUUUGUUUCUUAAAUUCCACAUAUAAAUGAAAUCAUUUGAGAUUUGUCUUUCUCUGAUGGACUUAUUUUACUUAGCAUAAUGUCCUCUAGUUCCAUCCAUGUUGUUGCAAAUGGCAAGAUUUCAUUCUUCUUGAUGGCUGAGUAAUAUUCCAUUAUGUAUAUAUACACCACCUCUUCUUUAUCAAUUCAUCUGUCAAUGAAUUGACAGAUGGGAUCUUUCCAUAUUUUGGCUAUUGUGGACAUUGGUGCUAUAUACAUAUAUAUAUAUAUAUAUAUAUAUACUUUGAAUCACUAUGUAUCCUUUGGUUAAAUACUUAGUAGAGCAUUUGCUGGGUCAUAGGGUAUUUCUAUUUUUAACUAUUUGAGAAACUUCCAUAAUGUUUUCCAGAGUGGAUGUACCAGUUUGCAUUCCCACCAAUAGUGCAAGAUGGUUCGCCUUUCCCACAUCCUCACCAACAUCUGUUGUUUCCUGAGUUGUUAAUUUUAGCCAUUCUGACUGCUGUGAGGUGGUAUCAUUGUGGUUUUGAUUUGUAUUUUCCUGAUGUUGAGUGAUGUGGAGCAUUUUUUCACGUGUCUGUUGGCCAUUCGUAUGUCUUCUUUGGAGAAAUAUCUGUUCAUGUCUUCUACCCAUUGCUUGACUGGAUUUUUUGUGUUUUGGGGGUUGAGUUUAAUAAAUUCUUUAUAGAUCUUGGAUACUAGCCCUUUCUCUCAGAAGACAUUUGCAAAUAUCUUCUCCCAUUCUGUAGGUUGUUAUUUAGUUUUGUCAACUGUUUCCUUUGUUGUGCAAAAGCUUUUUAUCUUGAUGAAAUCCCAAAAGUUUAUUUUUGUUUUUGUUUCUCUUGCCUUUGAAGACAUGUCUAGCAAGAAGUUGCUGCAGCCAAGGUCAAAGAGGUUGCUGCUUGUGUUCUCAUCUAGGAUUUUGAUGGAUUCCUGUCUCACAUUUAGGUCUUUCAUCCAUUUUGAGUUUAUUUUCAUGUAAGGUAUAAGAAAGUGGUCUAGUUUCAUUCUUCUGCAUGUGACUGUCCCAUUUUCCCAACACCAUUUGUUAAAGUGACAUUUUUUCCAUUGGAUAUUCUUUCCUGCGUUGUCAAAGAUUAGUUGACCAUAGAGUUGAGGAUCCAUUUCUGGGCUCUCUAUUCUGUUCCAUUGAUCUAUGUGUCUGUUUUUAUGCCAGUACCAUACUAUCUUGAUGAUUACAGCUUUGUAAAGAGCUUGAAGUCCAGAAUUCUGAUGCCACCAGCUUUGGUUUUCUUUUUCAACAUUCCUUUGGCUAUUUGGGGUCUUUUCUGAUUCCAUACAGAUUUUAGGAUUAUUUAUUCCAGCUCUGUGAAAAUGUCAAUCAUAUUUUAAUAGGGAUUGUGUUGAAUGUGUAGAUUGCUUUGGGUAGCAUAGACAUUUUAACUGUAUUUGUUCUUCCAAUCCAUGAGCAUGGAACGUUUUUCCAUUUCUUUGCAUCUUCCUGAAUUUCUGUCAUAAGUGUUCUAUAGUUUUCAGAGUACAGAUCCUUUACCUCUUUGGUUAGGUUUAUUCCUAGGUAUCUUAUGGUUUUUGGUGCAAUUAUAAAUGGGAUCGAUUCCUCGAUUUCUCUUUCUUAUGCCUCAUUGCUAGUGUAUAGAAAUGCAGCUGAAUUAUGUGGAUUGAUUUCAUAUCCUGCCACUUUGCUGAAUUCCUGUAUGAGUUCUAGCAAUUUGGGGGUGGACUCAUGAAUUUUCAACAUAGAGUGUCAUGUCCUCUGUGAAGAGUGAAAGUUUGACUUCUUUUUUAUUUUAUUAUUUUAUUUUAUUUUAUGUAAUUGUAUUUUAUUUAUUUAGUUGACAGAGAGAGAGAUAGCGAGAGCAGGAACAGAAGCAGGGGGAGUGGGAGAGGGAGAAGCAGGCUUCCCACCGAGCAGGGAGCCCAAUGUGGGACUCAAUCCCAGGACUCUGGGAUCAUGACCUGAGCCGAAGGCAGAUGCUUAACGACUGAGCCACCCAGGCACCAGAAAGUUUGACUUCUUUUUUGCUGAUUUAUAUGCCUUUUAUUUUUGUUGUCUGACUGCUGAGGCUGGGACUUCCAGUACUGUGUUGAACAGCAGUGGUGAGAGUGGACAUUCCUGCUAUGUUCCUGACCUAAGGGGAAAAGCUCUCAGUUUUUCCUCAAUGAAGAUGGUGUUCACUGUGGGUUUUUCCUAUAUGGCUUUUAUGAUAUUAAGCUAUGUUCCCUCUAUCACUACACUGCAGAGAGUUUUAAUUGAGAAAGGAUGCUGUAGGGGACACCUGGGGGGCUCAGUCGGGUAAGCAUCUGCCUUCAGCUCAGGUCAUGGUCCCAGGGUCCGGGGAUCAAGUCCCGUGUCAGGCUCCCUGCUCAGCGGAGAGUCUGUUUCUACCUCUCUCUCUCUCUGCCCCUCCCCCAUUCAUGCUUUUUUUCCCUCUCUCUCUCUGUCUCUCUCAAAUAAAUAAGUAAAAUCUUAAAAAAAAGAAAGGAUGCUGUAUUUUCUCAAAUGCUUUUUCUGUAUCUAUUGAGAGGAUCAUAUGGUUCUUGUCCUUUCUUUUAUUCAUGUGGUGUAUCACAUUGAUUGAUUUACAGAUGUUGAACCACCCUUGCAGCCCAGGAAUAAAUCCCACUUGAUCAUGGUGAACAAUCAGUUUAAUAUACUGUUGGAUCCUAUUAGCUAGUAUCUUGGUAAGAAUUUUUGCAUCCAUGUUCAUCAGGGAUAUUUGUCUGUAAUUCUUUUCUGUGGGGGGUUUUUCUGGUUUUGGGAUCAAGCUAAUGCUGGCCUCAUAGAAUGAGUUUGGAAUUUUCCUUCCAUUUCUAUUUUUUGAAACAGCCUCAGAAAAAUAGGUAUUGAGUCUUCUUUAAAUGUUUGGUAGAAUUCAGCUGGGAGACCAUCUGGCCCUGGACUCUUGUUUGUUGGGAGAUUUUUGAUCAGUGCUUCAAUUUCCUUGCUGGUUAUGGGUCUGUUUAGGUUUUCUAUUUCUUCCUGGUUCAGUUUUGGUAGUUUAUAUGUUUCUAGGAAUGCAACGGUUUCUUCAAGAUUGCCUAAUUAGUUGGUGUAUAAUUACUCAUAAUAUGCUCUUAUAAUUGUUUGUAUUUCUUCAGUGUUGGUUGUGAUCUCUCCUCUUUCAUUUAUGAUCCUAUUUAUUUGGUUCCUUUCCCUGUUCUUUUUGAUAAGUCUGGCUAGGGGUUUAUCAAUCUUAUUCUUUCAAAGAACCAACUUCUAGUUUCAUUGAUCUGUUCUACUGUUCUUUUGAUUUCUAUUUCAUUGAUUUCUGCUCUAAUCUUUAUUAUUUCCUUUCUCCUGCUAUAUUUAGGCUUUAUUUGCUGUUCUUUUUCCAGCUCUUUUAGGUAUAAGGUUCGGUUGUGUACUGGAGACUUUUCUUGCUUCUUGAGGAAGUCCUGUACUGCUAUAUACUUCCCUCUUAGGACUGCCUUUCCUGCAUCCCAAAGGUUCUGAAUUGUCAUGUUUUCAUUUUCAUUUGUUUCCAUGUGUGUUUUUUUUUAAUUCUUCUGUAAUUUCCUGGUUGACCCAUUAAUCUUCAGUAGGAUGCUCUUUAACUCCCAUGUAUUGUGUUCCUUCCAAAUUUUCUCCUGUGACUGAGUUCAGUUUUUUUAAUUCUUUUUUUAUGUUAUGUUAAUCACCAUACAUUACAUCGUUAGUUUUUGAUGUAGUGUUCCAUGAUUCAUUGUUUGCGUAUAACACCCAGUGCUCCAUGCAGAACAUGCCCUAUUUAAUACCCAUCACCAGGCUAACCCAUCCUCCCACCCCUCUCCCCUCUAGAACCAACCCUCAGUUUGUUUUUCAGAGUCCAUUGUCUUUCAUGGUUCAUCUCCGCCUCCGAUUCCUCCCCCUUCAAUCUUCCCCUCCUGCUAUCUUCUUUUUUUUUAAACAUAUAAUGUAUUAUUUGUUUCAGAGGUACAGAUCUGUGAUUCAACGGUCUUGCACAAUUCACAGCGCUCACCAUAACACAUACUCUCCCCAAUGUCUAUCACCCAGCCACCCCAUCUCUCCCACCCCCAACCACUCCAGCAACCCUCAGUUUGUUUCCUGAGAUUAAGAAUUCCUCCUAUCAGUGAGGUCAUAUGAUACAUAUCUUUCUCUGAUUGACUUAUUUUGCUCAGCAUAACACUCUGCAGUUCCAUCCAUGUCGUUGCAAAUGGCAAGAUUUUGCUCCUUCUGAUGGCUGCAUAAUAUUCCAUUGUAUAUAUAUACCACCUAUUCUUUAUCCAUUCAUCUGUUGAUGGACAACUUGGCUCUUUCCACAGUUUUGCUAUUGUAGACAUUGCUGCUAUAAACAUCGGGGUGCAUGUACCCCUUUGGAUCCCUACGUUUGUAUCUUUGGGGUAAAUACCCAGUAGUGCAAUUGCUGGGUCAUAUGGUAGCUCUAUUUUCAACUUUUUGAGGAACCUCCAUACUGUUUUCGAGUGGCUGCACCAGCUUGCAUUCCCACCAACAGUGUAGGAGGGUUCACCUUUCUCCACAUCCCUGCCAACAUCUGUCAUUUCCGGACUUGUUAAUUUUAGCCAUUCUGACUGGUGUGAGGUGAUAUCUCAUUGAGGUUUUGAUUUGGAUUUCCCUGAUGCCAAGCGAUGUUGAACACUUUUUCUUGUGUCUGUUGGCGAUUUUGAUGU